AUGGACCCCUUUUCCGUAGAAGGCGAGCUGGUCAACAUACACAACCACUUCCACCAGGGCCAGUACCGGCAGGUCGCCGACUUCGACACGUCCGUCUUCUCGCCCGACAACGCCCUCGCCGCGCGCGUCCUCGUCCUGCGCGCCCGCAUCGCCCUCGGCCAGGCUGCCGCCGUCCUGGCCGACACCCAGGGCGCGCCCGAGCCCGAGCCCGACCUCGAGGUCCUCGGCGCCCUGGCCCAGCACGCGCUCGGCAGGACCGACGCCGCGCUCCAGACCGUCGCCAGGCUGGCCGCCGCCGCGCCCGACAACCCCACCGUCCAGGUCGUCGGCGGGACCGUCCUCCAGGCCGCCGGCAAGUCGGACGACGCUCUGGCGCUCCUGUCGCGACACCAAGGAAGCCUGGAGGCCGUGGCGCUCAUCGUCCAGAUUCACCUGCAGCAGAACAGGACCGAUCUCGCCGUCAGGGAAGUCGCGGCUGCCAAGAGAUGGGCCCAGGACAGCUUGCUCGUCAACCUCGCGGAAGCGUGGGUCGGGCUGAGAGUGGGCGGUGAAAAGUACCAGCAGGCGUUUUACGUCUUCGAGGAGCUCGCCCAGGCCCCCGCGACGGCAUCGGUGCGGAGCCUCGUCGCGCAAGCCGUGUGCGAGCUGCAUCUGGGCCGCAUCGAGGAGGCCCAGUCCGCCUUGGAGGAGGCCUUGAAGAAGGAUGCCGGCUCCGUCGACGCUCUCGCCAACUUGCUGGUUCUGACGGUCAUCUGUGGCGGCGACGACUCGCAGUACAUGAAUUCUCUGAAACAGCUGGACCCUCAGCACCGGUUACUGGUUGAUUUGGAGGAAAAGAGCGCCUUGUUCGACCAGGCGGCCAAGAAAUAUAGCCCAAAGGUCUCUUCGUAG